AUGGAGGAUUUCGUCGGGGUAGUCGAUCAAGGCACCACGAGCACUCGCUUUAUCAUCUUCAAUUGCAAAGGAGAGCCCGUGGCAUGCCAUCAAGUCGAGUUCCCUCAGCUGUAUCCACAUCCAGGCUGGCACUCGCACAACCCCCUCGACAUCAUCUCCUCCGUCGAAUCCUGUAUCGAUCAAGCCGUCCAUAAAUUUGAAUCAGCCGGACACACGCGCACCAACAUCCGCGCCAUUGGUAUCGCCAACCAGCGCGAGACAACCCUCGUCUGGGACCGAAUCACCGGCGAACCCCUUGCCGACGCCAUAGUAUGGACCGACACCCGAUCACAAUCCCUAAUCACCGAACUCAAGCAGAAACACACCCCCGAGCAACUUGCCACCGUCCAGCAUAUAUGUGGUCUGCCCCUCUCCACCUACUCCUCAGCCUCCAAGCUCCUCUGGCUACUCGCCAACGAGCCGCGUGUACGCGACGCCUCCGAAAGAGGCACUCUGGUCAUUGGCACUGUCGAUACCUGGCUCGUGUACAAGCUCAACGGCGGCCCAGUCGCCGACGUCUUCGUCACUGACGCUACGAACGCCUCGCGCACCAUGUUCAUGAACCUCGACACGCUGGAGUACGACCCAUUUCUCCUCGACUUGUUCGGUCUCUCCACCUCAAGCACCAAUACUACAACAACAACCAACCACACCAUCCACCUCCCCAAAAUAUCCUCCUCCUCCCACCCAACCGCCUACGGCACCCUAACCACAACAACCCUCGCCGGAACCCCCAUCACCUCCUGCCUCGGCGACCAAUCUGCCGCUCUCAUCGGCCAACGCGGCCUGUCCGCCGGAAAAGCCAAAAACACUUACGGCACGGGUUGCUUCCUGCUAUACAAUGUCGGCGAGAAAGCUGUGCGCUCCACACAUGGGCUCCUCGCGACAGUCGCGUAUCACUUCAAAGGCUGCAACCCUGUGUAUGCCCUUGAGGGCAGCAUUGCCGUCGCCGGCUCAGGCGUCGCCUUCCUGCGAGAGAAUAUGGGAUUCGGAGAUACCGCUAGCGACAUUGAUAGACUUGCGGAGAGUGUGCCUGAUAGUGGUGGUGUGGUGUUCGUUACGGCGUUUAGUGGGCUUUUUGCGACUUAUUGGGUGGGAGGGGCUAGGGGGUGUAUUUUCGGCCUCACACAGCACACCCAAAAAGGCCACAUCGCGCGCGCAACCCUAGAAGCCACCUGCUUCCAGACUAAAGCCAUUCUGCAAGCUAUGGAGAAAGACAGUGGCCAUACACUGACAGAGUUAGCCGUCGACGGGGGGAUGAGUAACUCUGAUACCCAAGCAGAUCUCAUCUCCAUCCCCGUACGCCGGCCGCAGAUGCGCGAGACGACUGCCCUGGGCGCUGCUGUGGCUGCAACCAGGGCUUGCGGUCUGGUGGAGACGGUGUUUGAGCCACGGGUUGGGAGGGAAGAGAGUGAGGCUUUGUUUGGGAGGUGGGAGAGGGCUGUGGAGUUGUGUGCGGGUUGGGUUGUCAAUGAUUCUUCUUCUUGA